AUGGCUACAGAAGACAGUUCUGAUCAUCGAAUUCCUGGUGAUGUUGAAGCUGCUCGGAAAGAGGCAAACGACCAACAUGCUCUCGCCAAUACAGAUAUCCUACGGGAUUCAUGGUCCAAAAAGGCCUUGAUCAUCGCAUUCACAGGUCUAUUUGCCACAACGUUCAUCACCUCGUUCCUCAAGUAUGCUACCAAAGUCUACGAUGCGUACGCUACUUCAGCGUUUCAGCGACAUUCAGCUCUCGCGACUGCGAAUGUAGUAGGAACAAUCAUUGGGCUGGUUACUUAUCCCAUUAUGGCCAAGUUUUCCAAUGCAAGUAACCAAUAUGUGGAAGUCUUUGGUCGAGCUGAAGGCCUCACGUUUUCCAUCUUGUUUCUUGUUCUUUCACAAAUAAUGUACGCGGCAUGCCAGAACAUUGAGACUUAUAUCGCUGGUGGUAUCUUCGAAGCUAUCGGCGAUACAGGUUAUGUCAUCAUGCAACAAGUAUUCAUCGCAGACACAACAAGUCUGAUCAACCGCGGUCUCUGGACUUCUCUACCCGAAUCUAUAGCCUCGAUACCGACACUCUAUCUCGGUUCUAUAGUCGCUGAUAGCGUACUUAAGCACUCAACUUGGAGAUGGGGUUAUGGAAUGUGGGCAGUCAUUCUACCAUUCUGUGCCGCUCCUUUGAUCAUCACGCUUUACAUACUACAGCGGAAAGCUCGCAAGGCUGGAUACAGACGAAAAGGUGCCUGGGAUGCGGCCGAUAGCACUCAGAGGUUGACUAAGCGCAUUGUUAACCUACUAUGGGUUGAUCUCGACGUCGCUGGCGCUGUUCUGCUCGUUGUCGGUCUUGGACUCACUCUUAUCCCCUUGUCUCUUACCGGUGCCAGAAACAGUGACCGAUGGGAUCAAGGGAGUUACAUCGCCAUGCUAGUCAUUGGUAUUGUUGUUAUUGCAGCUUUCUUGGUCUGGGAUACAAAGUUUGCAAAAGUUCCCUUUGUCCCGUUUCGAAUGAUCAAAGAACGUACAGUAGUGGCAGCAUGUGUUCUCUCCAUGCUUGACUUCUUCCAUUACUCAUGCUUCACACUCUUCUUCCCGAGUUAUCUCCAGGUAGCUGGUGGUUUCAGCCCCGGUCAUGCCACUCGCAUCGAUAAUGCACUUCGUGUGGCAUUUCAGAUCGCCUCUGUCCUUGUCGGUAUCCUCAUGAAAUACUCCAAGCGCAGUCAAAUAUUUGUCUUUAUUGGAGUUCCCCUUUGUGUUCUGGGUCAAGGCCUGAUGAUCCACUUGGUGAAUAUAAACGGCGGCCACGCCAACGAGGUAUCGUUUAUCACUGCAAAGACUCUAGUUGGAGUCGGUCGUGCGUUUUACCAAACAGCUGCGCAAGUAUCCAUUCAAGCUCUUGUUGCUAAAGAAGAUGUUCCUGUCGUCACAGGGGUUUAUUACGCCGCCAUGAAUUUUGGCGGUGCCGUCGGUACUAGCGUCGGAGGUGCUAUUUGGAACAACUUGCUUCCCAAGAAGCUCGAAGCCUACCUCCCCGACCAAGCCAAACCAAAUGCUUUAAAGAUUUACAAAUCCAUCGUCGUUGCUCAAACGUCCGCAAAAGGGACGCCUGUUAGAGCCGCUAUUGAUCAAGCAUACCGCGAGACGCAAAGGCUUCUUGCCAUCGCUGCCACAUGUGCCCUUGCACCUAUGCUGGUCGUCAUGUUUGCUCUCAAAACUGUGAACUUAACCAAGGUUGACGAAGCAAAGAUUGAUGAGAAUAAGACUACAGAUCAAGAGGUUGAGUCUGCAGUGAUAAAGGAAGCUGUCCAGGAGGUCAAGUAUGAAGCUCACUAG